GUUGUGGUGAGCUGAGAUCGCACAAGUGCACUCCAGCCUGGACAGCAAGAGCAAAACUCCGUCUCAAAAAAAAGAAAAAGAAAAAGCGCAGGGGACCCGCCGUCGGGGCGGGGCAGCGCUGCCCGGCCUCUGUCCCACUUCCAUGCACUUGACCUCCACCCUCCGGCCUCCGUCUGCGAUCUUCCCGUGUACCUGAAAAUGAGGCCUGGAAAGGACCCAGACCUUCCUGCCCGCCCGUCCUUACCGGCCCCGGGGGCCCCCGCCCCAUCUUUGGCCCCCAGCCCCUCCCUCUCUGCCGCCUCCAGGGUUGGGGGUCAGGCCGGGAAAGCCCCUUGGGAAGCCCCCGGGGAGCAGCUGGAGCGGGGUCGCGGGGCGGCGGGAAGGAGCGGGCGCCGCUAUUUAAGUGGCUUCCCCGAGGCCUCGGGGACAGAGGGGACCGAGCAUGGAUUGGGGCCUGGCCCUCCUGCUGGCGGGGCUUCUGGGGCUCCUCCAGCCGGGCUGCGGCCAGUCCCUCCAGGUGAAGCCCCUGCAGGUGGAGCCCCCGGAGCCGGUGGUGGCCGUGGCCCUGGGCGCCUCUCGCCAGCUCACCUGCCGCCUGGCCUGCGCGGACCUCGGGGCCACGGUGCAGUGGCGGGGCCUGGACACCAGCCUGGGCGCGGUGCAGUCGGACGCGGGCCGCAGCGUCCUCACCGUGCGCAACGCCUCGCUGUCGGCGGCCGGGACCCGUGUGUGCGUGGGCUCCUGCGGGGGCCGCACCUUCCAGCACACCGUGCGGCUCCUUGUGUACGCCUUCCCGGACCAGCUGACCGUCUCCCCGGCAGCCCUGGUGCCUGGUGACCCGGAGGUGGCCUGUACGGCCCACAAGGUCAUGCCUGUGGACCCCAACGCGCUCUCCUUCUCCCUGCUCCUGGGGGACCAGGAACUGGAGGGGGCCCAGGCUCUGGGUCCGGAGGUGGAGGAGGAGGAGGAGGAGGAGCCCCAGGAGGAGGAGGAGGACGUGCUGUUCAGGGUGACAGAGCGCUGGCGGCUGCCGACCCUGGCAACCCCUGUCCUGCCCGCGCUCUACUGCCAGGCCACGAUGAGGCUGCCUGGCUUGGAGCUCAGCCACCGCCAGGCCAUCCCGGUCCUGCACGGCCCGACUUCCCAGGAGCCCCAGCCCCCCGACACGACCUCCCCGGAACCCCAGGCCGCGACCUCCCCGGAACCCCAGGCCGCGACCUCCCCGGAACCCCAGGCCGCGACCUCCCGGGAGCCCCCCGACACGACCUCCCCGGAACCCCAGGCCACGACCUCCCCGGAACCCCAGGCCCCGACCUCCCCGGAACCCCAGGCCGCGACCUCCCCAGAACCCCAGGCCGCGACCUCCCCGGAGAUCACCCCCCAGCAGGGCUCCACACACAGCCCCAGGAGCCCGGGCUCCACCAGGACUUGCCGCCCUGAGAUCUCCCAGGCUGGGCCCACGCAGGGAGAAGUGAUCCCAACAGGUUCGUCCAGACCUGCGGGUGACCAGCUGCCCGCGGCUCUGUGGACCAGCAGUGCGGUGCUGGGACUGCUGCUCCUGGCUUUGCCCACCUAUCACCUCUGGAAACGCUGCCGGCACCUGGCUGAGGACGGCGCCCACCCACCAACUUCUCUGAGGCUCCUGCCCCAGGUGUCCACCUGGGCUGGAUUAAGGGGGACCGACCAGGUCGGGAGUAGCGCCCUCUGAGUGGCCAGCCCUUCCCCCUGUGAAGGGAAAAUAGGUUGGACCCCUUCAAGCUGAGAAGUGGUCGGGGCAAACCUGCCUCCCAUUUUAUUCCAAGUCAUCCCUCUGGUCACAGAGAGGGACGCAUAUUCUGAUUGCCUCCUUUGGAAAGGCUCAUCAGAAACUCAAAAGAAGGUGACCGUUUGUCUCGCCUACCCGUGACCUGGAAGCCCCCCCACCCCGCUUGAGUGACCCCCGACUUUCUGGACAGAACCAACGUACUUCUUACAUAUAUUGAUUCACAUGUCAUAUCUCCCUAAAAUGCGUAACACCAGCUGAGCCCCGACCACCUUGGGCCCCUGCCGUCAGGACCUCCUGAGGCUUUGGCAAAUAAACCUCCUAAAAGGAUAGAAA